AAGGACUACACCCAAGAGCUUGUCCGAUUGCAGCGGCUUCUCUUCGUUGCCUAGACCAGAAGAAAGCCGGGACGUGACGGAGCUGGGGGGGUUUUGUUUGCUGGAGGCCCGUUAAACCACCGAUAAAUACAGCUUCCUCACAGUGUCUUCGUCGCUCGAGAGGCGUUUGUGAACCUACUUGACCCAACGUGCUUUUUCCAUCUUAGAACUAAUUUCACAAACAUGUCCUGGCAAAGCUACGUGGACAACCUGAUGGCUGAUGGCAGCUGCCAGGACGCGGCCGUUGUUGGGUACACGGACGCCAAAUACGUCUGGGCAUCGCAUUCCGGCGGUACCUUUGCCAACAUAACGUCUGAUGAAAUCAACGUUUUAGUAGGAAAGGAUCGGGAGGGAUUCUUCACCGGUGGGCUGACCUUAGGCAAUAAAAAGUGCUCCGUAAUCAGAGACAGCCUCCCAGUUGACGGCGACUGGACAAUGGACAUCCGGACCAAGAGUCAAGGAGGAGAGCCAACAUACAACGUUUCUGUAGGCAGAGCUGGCAAAGCAUUGGUUGUUGUCAUGGGGAAGGAAGGUGUCCAUGGAGGGCAGCUCAACAAGAAAGCAUUUCAGAUGGCUGAGUACCUGAGGAAGUCUGGAUACUAAAGCAGCCUGUACCCAGCCACCUAGCAGCUCACCCUUACCACCCUGUUGCAUUUCACACUACUUCCAGUCCUAGUUGGUAGUUAUUUUGUUCUUUUUUCUGCCUUCUCUCCUCCCCAUUUGUUAUCCCUCUUUUUUUUUUUUUCUUUUUGUUGUCAUCUUCCCCUAACCCCACCCUCUUCCCCUCCCUCCCCAUCAACACACUUGCGCUGUGUCCUCUUUUUUUACCCCCUUAAGCACUCUAAGUUGAUCCAUAGCGAAAGAUGAGCAUGUUGCUAACAGGUUGUCAUGACAAAUCUGUACUUAACCAAGACCAGCAAAAAAAAACAUUCUGGCCAAAACACUUGGACAAUGAAAGCUAUAGCAUCAGUUUGAAGUAGGUUUUUUUUUUUUCCUCUCUGUGAUGGUGCCCGUUACUUAGUCCCUCUCAAACUCAAUCAACCCCCCCCGAGCAGCCGAUGCCUUUGGAGCACUUGAGCUGUAACCAAGCUCGUCAUGUCUUCCUCUUUUAAUUUCCCCCUAUCAAGUCCGGGAGGGGAGACUGCGUGCAUAUCUUGGUCCACUGUUGUUUCCCUCUUACACCCACCACUUGCCCCCGCCCUCCUCCCUCUCUCCAUGCUCCUGCCAAAAUUUUCUGUUCCUCCCCUCUCUCCCUGUUUCCCUAUCCUGUUUGCUCAAAGCAGGUGACACUAAAAACCUCACAGGACACUUAUCUUCAUCCAACACUACACACCACCCAACUAGUUCUCUUAACUCCCCUCUGCCUUCAGAUCUGCUGCUCUGUCCUGGUUAUACUUUAUACAUAAUGGGGAGGUGGCCUGUGUGUGUCUGUGUAGGAGGGGGAUGUUCGGAUCAGCUCAGUUAACGAUCAUGAACGGGAUUUGCGAGCGUUCCAGAUGCUGGUAGCCUCUCUCCCCUCCCCAUCAUCACAACCUCCCCGACUACACGAAAAAAAAACCCAUGGACAUUCCACAGUAACAAUGGCUCAGGCACUUAAAACUGUUUUUGUUUGCCAGCUCCUGUAAUAUAUUUUUUAUUUUAUUUAGUUUUUGAAAGGCUGCCAUUUUUUUGGACAGUAGAUAUCCCAGCAUAUAACCAUCUGGAGUAUGUCCAGUUUGAAUUUUUUUUCUUUUUAUAGGACCAAGUGUAGUCGAAGUUCGGGUGUUUAUACAGUUGCUCUAAAUCAUGUGAAGGAUGACUGCUAACUUUUUUUUCUGAUGAAGGAAGCCAGACAGUUAAUACAUAACUAUGGUUAAAAAAAAAAGAAGCUACAGGGGAGGUAAGGGUGGGAAUAUCUGAUGAAAAUUCUCAUUUCAUUGUUUUUUUUUUCUUUAUUGUUUAGAAAACAAAUAACUGCAUUUGUACAAACCCAUGCUGUGUUGACAACUACAAAACUGUGGAAUAAAUUGCCUUCUACUCUAUAGUCAACUGAGCUCUGGGGUAUCACACGGUCUGUCCACGGUCAGUACUGCUAAAUGUAACGUCCAACUUUAAAAAAAAAAAAAAAAAACUUUCAAAAGUAGAAAUGACACUCAAGGAGAUGGGAUUGGUUGGAACAAAAGACGCUCAUGGUUGUCUUGUCAAAACUUAACUGCAGAACCUGUGUAUCCUGUGCCAUAAUGUAGAGAGAUCUGUUGCUGUUGUAAGAUGGAUUUUACCCACUGUCCACUAAGGAGUCAUUUCAUUGGCACUUUUUUCCUCUUUAUUUUUAGCUUCAGCUCCACUGUUUAGGCCUUGUGGGAUAUGUGUACUCAUAUAUAUAAAAAAAAAAAACCUGUUUCAAGUCCUGUUUGCUGAUUUAUGUUCAUUUCCUUUUCCUCACCACUUUUUUUCUUACAUCUGGGAUACAGUCUCUUUAAUGCAUCUGAUUUCAUAUGCAUAAAACCAAGAAAUGCCAUAAAUUGAUUUAUCACCUUGUUUACAGACAGAUCAAAUAAAUUUAUUCCAACCAGACAA